UUUUUUUUUCUUUUUUUUUAUUCUUCUCACGAAUAUAUCAAUGGAGGAAGUUGGCUCAAGUAGGCGUGAUAGAAGAGUGCAACCCAACUCGAUUCGAGUUCUAAGGGAAUUCGCAAGAAAUAAAGAGAUGGCAACACCCGUACCUUCUUCUGAACACCAUCGGUCCCGAUCCUCACCAAAAGUAACCGACCACCCUUGGAUGCAUACCAGCUCACCUUAUACCGAAUUUCAGUCUUCUCCAAGCUCUUCUACCGAAAUGAAAUCCACCGCUUAUAAUAAAAACUUUGGUCAAACUAACCAUAGUGAUAAUUACAUCAACAACAACAACAACAAUAAUAAUAAUAAUAGUUCCAAAUAUGACUGGCGAAUGCAUUCUCUUAUGCUUUGUAGACAUAUAUUAAGAAGAGGACUUUUGGACGGUGUUGGCAGUGAUGUGAGUGUGUAUAUACCCGCAUGGGAUAAAUCAUAUAAUCUACAUCGUUUGGUAUUGGAUCAAAAUCCCUACUUUAAGUUGCUUUUACAGGGCGGAUUUCGGGAAGCCGAAUCAGAUGGAGUGACUUUGCAUUUUGAAGAUAAUCCGUUCAUCACACUCGAAUCAUUUCAGUUUGUCCUCGAAUACCUGUAUGGUAAAAUAGACGAUCCAUUUAUCACCCAAGACAAUGUACGACAGAUUCUAGCCACGAGCUCUUAUUUUCAACUGGAUGUGUGUGGUAUUUGUAUAGAUUACAUUCUCAAGACACUUGACCAUCAAAAUGUGGUUGACUACCUGUUAUUUGCGGAUGAAUUAAUGGUGCAAGGAAGUGAACGUAUAUGUGAUGCUGUAUUUACUUUUUUAUGCAGAGAGGCACAUGGUAUGGACCGUGAAGUAUUGGCUUCUCUGCCCUUGGAUUGGUUACAAAGAGUCAUUGAAAGUGAUGCAUUCUGGGUUCCUAGUGAAUUCGAAAGAUAUAGCUUUACUCAACAAAUCAUUCAAGCAAGAUAUGAAGCUUAUCUACUUGCACCUUCUUCAUUUGUCUUGACCGAACUAGACACAAACCCGAAUUGCCACAUCUUGUCACGAUCUAUCCACUACAUGCACAUGACAUUUGAGCAGUUAGAGUCUAUACAAGAUGAUGUUCAUCCUCUCACGAAGCAACGUCUCGUGGCUGAAAAAGUACUAAAAGAGGCAUUAUGGCUUCAAGUCAAAUUAAGAUCCAAAAUAGAAUCGGCUUCAGAAAAAGAUACUAAAUUAAACAUGACAAUUCCUUCUACCUGUGUUCGUUCUCGUCGUACAAGCACUGUGACAAGCGAUAAAGAAGAAGGGUAUGAUGAUUGUAAUGCCGAAGAGGAAGAAAUUGUUGAAAAGAGACCCUUAUCAGGUAAAUAUUAUCCUAUACCGACGGAUGAUACAACAACCUAUACGAGAGAAUCGGCUAUUGCCAUGUCCUCCUCAUCUGCUGCUGCUGCCACUGGUGGUGGUGGUGGUGGUGGUGGUAAAAAGAAAUCCUUAAAGCAACAGAAUACAGUGCCAGUGGAACACUUUUCAAUUUAUCCUCCCUUUCGAUUUAGUGUAGAAUUUACAAAUGUCAAUGCUCUUAAACACGAUAUGCGUGUUUAUUCCCAUACCGUCUUUUAUGCAGGAUCGGACUGGAACAUUUACAUCCAAAAAACAAAGUCAUUGCGUAAAGGUGUGUUACAAUUAGGUGUUUAUCUUCAUCGUCAAUCUAUUUCACACCAGGUUCAGUCACAUCAAGGCCACACUUGUUACUAUCCGGAUGAGAUACAGCAGCAAAAUGAAGGGAACACAAGUGCCGCUACCUCUACCGCUUUCAGAACCAAUCCGACGGCCGAAUCUUGGUCUUUUUCAAGAUAUCCAGAUAAACGACAGGUGGUGAAGACAUGGUUCAAGAUAUAUUGUCCAUCCAGAGGACCGAAACAUGCAUUAACCUUGUUUCAAAGUAGCCCUGAUAACUUCUCCGUGACACAAAGCUGGGGUUGGAGAAGUACUGCUUUAUGCACCGAUGAAAAUAGUAGUAGUGGUACUACUACAACAACAACGACAACGGACACAACAGCUUCCUCAUCGCCGCCACCACCCAUGCUUUAUACCCCACAGACUUCGAAUCAAUUACAUUACCUCACAAGCACUUAUGAUUUGCGAACGAUCAAGACAGCCUUAAAUACCGCCCAACCACAAAAGAGUGAUACUAAUUCAGGACCUUCCUUAAAAUUCACAAUCGUCAUGGGCCAUGUUUAAAUAACAUGCAAUAAUUAAGAAAAGACUUUACGAAAAGAAUGAAUCCCGGGAAGGACAGAUUUGAUGGGGAGAGUGAUUUUUUUGUUGUAUUUUUUUAAUUAAAAAGAAGUAUUUAAUAAAAAAAAAGUGGGAAAAAAAA